UAAAUGCAUGGAUAGAAAACAGUCCAGGCGGGCAGUGGAUGAUGGGAAGCAGUUCAGUACUUUCUGCUGUUGUUAAGAGAUUGGAAGGUAAGGUAGCUCUGAUUACUGGUGGAGCCAGCGGCAUAGGGGAGUCCACGGUCAGACUAUUCUGCCGCCACGGCGCCAAAGUAGUUAUUGCCGACGUCCAAGAUGAUCUGGGGCACUCGGUCUGCAACGACAUCGGCUCCAAAGCAGCGUCCUUUGUCCACUGCGACGUCACAAAUGAAUCACACAUUCGGAAAGCCGUUGAUACCACUGUAGCCAAGUACGGUAAGCUGGAUAUCAUGUUCAACAACGCCGGCAUCGUUGGAACGCCCAACCCUAACAUCCUGGACAAUGACAAGGGCGAGUUCGAGCAGGUCCUCGCCGUGAAUAUAACAGGCCCCUUCUUGGGCACCAAACAUGCAGCCCGUGUAAUGAUCCCGGCCCGGCGCGGCAGCAUAAUCAGCACAGCCAGUGUUUGUUCUCUCGUCGGAGGCGUUGCAUCACAUGCCUAUACGUGUUCAAAGCAUGCCGUGGUGGGGCUCACGAAGAACGCGGCGGUAGAGCUGGGGAAGUUCGGCGUUCGAGUUAAUUGUGUUUCACCGUACCUGGUUGUGACGCCAUUGACAAAGAAGUUCUUCAAUCUGGACGAAAAUGGAUCACCAGGUAUUUACUCCAACCUUAAGGGACGGAUGCUUUGGCCGGAAGAUGUUGCUGAAGCUGUUCUGUAUCUAGGGAGUGAUGAUUCCCUGUACGUUAGUGGACACAAUCUUGUGGUUGAUGGAGGUUUUACCAUCGUGAAUCCUGCUUUCGGCAUAAUUUGAUGAUCAAUUUAAUUAGAAGUGGGUUUCCUUCAAUUUCAAUCUGUUUUAUGCUUGAUCAAUUAUGAUGUAACGAUCUCUUUUACCGAAAAAUAUGAUGUAACAUCUUGUGUGUCUUGUCCAUUUUUCAACAGUGUGAGCUUGUCGAUCUUA